CAUUUACUAGCUGCAUCCUUUCUUAAUGUGGCCUGCCAUGGGUGCUGCAAUCUCCGCUCAAAUCAACCAAUAUUUCAAAUUGGACCUAGGGUCGACUGGACUUGGAAUUGGGGCUAUUGUCAUUUGUCUUUUUUAUGCCCUGAUGUUUCAUCCAGAGCAAUUUGCUUUUGCGCUGUGCAUGGUAGCUCUGGCAACAGCUCUUGCUUUACUGUUGUGGCACGCGUGGGACCAUCCAGAAUCUGUGGCACCUCUCCAGGAGUGCCUUUUGCCAUCCCAGUUCGACCAAAGCAGAGCCCAAGUAGAUGCAAAGCUUGACGAAGGCAUUUACAGAUUCUCCACGUCCAAGUGGGCCAAGUGCUUCAUGUACAUGCAGGACAACAAAGACGGCAACGUACGAGGAUGGGACCAGGAAGAUCCGGGGCCACAAGGGUGGUUCAGACUCAGGCAUGUGGUGGAUGCCACCGGAAAGAAAACAGCAUAUUGGUUCAUUGAGCCGCUGGCAUUCCAGAACUGGAGCGUCUACAUGCAGGACAACGGUGAUGGCAAUGUGCGUGGAUGGAAUGGUGAUCCUGGCCCUCAAGGACACUGGAAGAUUGAGACGCACCAAAUGAAGGAGAAAUCAUAUCGUUUUUCCACCAAGAAAUGGCCAACGCACUACAUGUACAUGCAGGACAAUUCUGACGGAAAUGUGCGUGGGUGGGAGGAAGACCCAGGUGAUCAGGGCUGGUGGACAGUGAGCAAGAGCUUGUUCUCCAAGACGAACCUAUUUCAGCCAAAAACCAACCUGACCUACCGGAUGACGACUGCCAAAUGGAGAAACUGCUACAUGUACAUGCAGGACAACGGAGACGGCAAUGUCCGUGGGUGGAACAAGGAGGACCCUGGUCCACAGGGGCACUUCAAAUUUAUCAGACGUGCCAAAGACCUCUGGCUGAUUCACCCUGUGAAAUGGCCGACAUGGUAUGUUUACAUGCAGGACAACAAGGAUGGCAACGUGCGUGGGUGGGAAGGUGACCCUGGCCCGCAAGGCCAUUGGAGAAUCGAAGCUCACAUGUUUGAGAAGGACGUAUUCCGCUUGAUGCCUUCCAGCUGGCCAAAUGAUGUGAUGUACAUGCAGAACAAUUCAGACGGCAAUGUUAGGUCUUGGAAAUCAGAUGCUGGUCCCCAGGGCUGGUGGUACAUAAAGCCAAUAUAGACCAGGCACCAUGAUCCGCUGGCCAUGCUGUGACUGAGCAAUGUCUGUAGUGCUUUUGGGUAGUAUAUGUAUAUGUAUGUAUAUUGAGCUUGAGUUGGGAA